UGGGUGAUGUGUCAGUGCUGUUAGUAGUCGCAGCAAGCUUGUAAGUGGUAAGGUACACGAUUUGACAUUUCCCUUUAACCGAGGAGGGCGGAGCCAAAAACAACAAUUUUAGUUCAUUUUUCCGCGGAUCUACCCUCUGAAUCAGGAUUUCAUUAACGGAGGAAAGAAAAAUCAAAUAAUGAUCAUUGCCACACUGGCAGUGCGACUGACAACAAGAUUCUACUGGCGGUGAGAGUUGAAAACUAGGUAACGAAAGGAGGUCAAGUUCUAGCUGGAGCCGAAAUUUUCCUAGGCUUACGUCGGUUGUAUCUUCUUAGUCUUCUUUCCUGAACUCCCGGCUAGCCGAGUUCACUAGCUUGUUUUUGUUACAGUCGAAAAUGGUCAAAUUGUACGCUUUAACCAUCCUAUACAAAGGCCCAACUACAGCAACAACGAUCAAAUCAGCUUAUGAACUUGGAUCUUUUUCGUUUUUUCAACGCAGUAGUGCUCAGGAAUUUAUGGCAUUUGUCAGUAAAACGAUUACUGAAAGAACUCAAAUUGCGGCCAGACAAAGCGUCAAGGAAAAAGAGUAUAUGUGUCACGUUUAUGUGAGAGCGGAUAAUUUAGCUGGAGUUCUAAUCUCCGAUCAUGAGUAUCCUAGCAGAGUUUCGCACACGUUGAUCACAAAAGUACUAGAUGAAUUUGCCGCCCAGUACCCACCCACUACAUGUGCCACUUUAAAUGAAGCGACAACAAUAUUUCCACAAGUGAAUACGUACUUGGCGAAAUAUCAAAAUCCCCGGGAAGCAGAUGCAUUUACAAAAAUGCAGAAUGACCUUGAUGAAACCAAGAUCAUUUUGCAUAAUACAAUAGAAGCAGUUUUAGAAAGGGGCGAAAAAUUGGACGAUUUGGUGUCAAAAUCAGAAGGCCUUAGCAUGCAGUCAAAAGCAUUUUACAAAACAGCACGGAAAACCAAUUCCUGUUGCAGCUUGACGGCUUAGACACGGUAUACCAUGAUUCCAUUGUGUUCAUAUUAUUGUAUUACAAAUGUGAAGAUAGGUUUGUCAAGAAAAGAAUGUUGAGUAAUGUUUGAAAUUUGAAAGCUAAUUGAUAACUUUUGCCUACCGCAAUAGUUUAUUGUUCAGAUGAUUUUGCCUCCUCGGUAUAAUUAAUUACCUGUGAAUGUACAAUUUUUUAAUUUUUGAAUGGAUUUUACCUCCGAUUGCAAAAGGUGGUUUGUCUUACCAAUAGAUUUCACUUGUAUAUUUUCUAUUGAGCAAGAUUGAUUUAAAUAUUGCGCAGCCGAAGGUAUGGAUGUUUUUAAAGAGGCCUAAAUAAGUAAUGUUAUCCUUAAUAUAUGUUAAUGAACAAUAUGCUUUAAUGCAACAUAUUAUCCAUCAAUGUUGAAAUACGAGUGACUGAAUUUUAUGUGUCUUGAUUGCAAAGGGAUAAUUUUUCAAGACGUCAUCAGAUUGUAUUUGAGAGUAAUCAGUGUUGUCUAGCAUCAUAAAGAAUUUCACAGAGUUCAGUAUUCAACUCACGUUACUUCAGUUUAAUCAAAAAGUGGGGUUGAUUUUAAUUGGAUUGUAAACAUACAGUCUUUAAUAUCCUUUCCUUUUAAGACACAUAAACAGAAAUUUCACAAAAUCUAUGUAACCCAAUGUCUAUUAAACGUCUUCUUUGUGGUUGAUAUGUUAUUCUUAUUGCAAAUGGAAUGUAACUUGUUAUUCCGUUAUGCAGUUUCGGUAUUGGAUAAGAGUUCAAUUAUGGAUGAAACAAAAAAAUAUGUGUAC